GGGUUAAGAAUGUACGCUUCCCAGAAUAAUGUUAUAAUGUAUAAAUCAUUCUGAAAUCUGAAUGUAGCGAAAUUCAUUUGUGUAUUUUGACGUGAGCGUAAUCGGUUGUGCAUUUCCUAUUUGUGUUAGCAAAUUAUGUUUUAUGCAAUUACGUGACUAAUGUAUUAAGAAUUGUAUAUUUUUUAUAAAUAAGUGAAAUUAACACGCAAUCAUGGCGUUGAGCGCCGUUGCGGAAGAUUAUUUUCGUUCUAUGAAUCCUAUAGCCUCAAAAAUUCACGAAGAUAUUACUGAAGCAAAAAAUUCGUAUGAAAACAUUUGGGAUACGCUCACCGACAAAGAAAAGGCGGAAAUUAUAAAUGAAUCGAUCAUUAAACCCGAAAUAGUACUCAAAUAUGCAUUGCUGGAAAGUUUGGAAUUCGAUUUAAAUGAACCACCAGUCCGAAAAGAUAAUUUAAUGUCGUUCUUUGGACGUGAACACGGAUUAAGAAUGAUACAAGAUGAGAACACAUCAUAUCGUGACGAACACUCUGCCCCUUUCAUUUAUCAGACGAAGAGUCAAUUGAAUUUGUGUGUGCUGAGUGAGCACAGAGUGUCCAAAGAUGUAAAAUGUACAUCACCGCCACCCAUAAUGACUGAACUAGCACUAUCUCACUCAAAAGUUGUUAAUGAAUUAAAAAACGCUUUAAAAUCUCAUGACGUAUUAAAAAGCACUUUUAAAGAUAAGGAACCUCACGACAGGGAUGUGAUAUCUCCCACUGGCUUUAUAAGCAAGUUUAUGGGGAAUUUUAAGAGCAAGGACGAGGAACGGGAAUGUUUAAUGCCAUCUUUACCUCAAACUCAGAUUGUGGCUUCAUCGGAGAACUUUUUCAGAACAAAUUUUAAGAGUCCACCGAAUGAUAGCAAAUUCGAUAAGGAUUAUAGAAGCAGUGUUGUCAAAUCACAUAGUGAUCUCUCAGAAGAGAACAGAGGCCUACUGUCCUCGAGUCAGGCGUCUUCGGGCACUGACUUCCAGUCAACGGAGACGUUGACGGAAACGAGCACGCUACCAAAGACAGGUUACGAUUUCUUAGAUAACUGGUAAUAUAUGAUACUUGUAUAUUAUGUAUGUUGUUAAAACCUAGCCACAAUAUGUAUGGCCUUUAACAUACUCUCAAUGCAGAAUUGAAUAGUCCGUUUGAAUAUCGAAUGGUAACGCAUGUCAUUCGACAGUUUGAAGUUUGUGCAGUUUUGGAAAAAACUUAACUCGUAACUUUUUGAUAUUUGAUUAAAAGUACUGUUAAUUGAAAUAAUCAAGUGUGAAAUAAAAAAUUCGUCUCCCUUUUAUUGGAAUCUAAAUUUGAUAUAAAAAUAGGAGUAGAUUAUCAAGAAUGUUUAACUCUAUUCUCAGUGAUAGAAAUAUAUCCAAAACGCCAUUGGUAUAGUAUAUUAAUUUGAAGGUAAUUUUAAGUCAGCAUAAGGCGUCGAAAUGAGAUUAAAAAAAUGCUUAUAAUAAAGUGUGCUAAAAGAGCGUAAUUAUUAUUACUAGUUUUCCGAACAACUUUUUAAAUUCUAAGCUAAGAUACAAUUAUGAAAUACGUAAAUUGAAUGACAUAUUGUCCGGUGGCUGAGAGAAUGUUAGGUCUGUGGUUGAAUGGACGAUGGAACUUUGAAGUAGCAAAGAAUUUACGAUAAAAUAUAACUAUCGAUUAUUUGCCGUACUAAAAAAUUAUAAAUGAUGUCAAUUAAUUUCAGAUAAAUAUUAUAAUUUGGCACAAAAUUUAAUUAAAAAAAAAAAAAAAAGUCAUAUCGAGCUGUUAUUUUUAUUGUUACUUGUAAUGUUUCCCUAGUCACGUGUCAGACGUCGGCAACGCGUUCUCUCGGCGAUCGGAAAUAACAUGUCAUUUGUCAUUGAGAUGUAAUGUUACGAGAACAGAAAAUAACCUUAGUUGAUUAAUACAGUUAAAAUGUUUCGUCUUCAAUUUAAUCUUGUCCUAGAUUUAUCACCCCAGUAUUAAAAUUGAAUAAUUUUAUUUACAAUGUAUUAUUGUGAAUUUAUCAUGAUAUACCUAUAAUACGAAUUAAAAUUAUAAACAUUUUUUUUAUAAAUUAUCCUGUGUUUUUUUAUAUUGUAUACAAGUUUUUUUUUUAAUCUGUAAAUACUCAUAACAAAUCAUUGGUAUUGGCGGGAAAAAAUGUUAUAAGGUAUUUUUCCUCGAUAAAUGGCGAUUUUACUAUUUUUGCAUCGUUUGUUUGUGACGCAUUUAUACAUAACUGCCGGAAAAUCAUUUGAAUGUGGACGAUUUGGGUCAGGAAGACAUUGUCACUAAUUGCAGUACUCGCCGGUUUAAGGUGCUCCCGUAGCGAUUAUAUUAUGAUACUUAAUUGUAAGUAAGUGUAUUUGCAAAUAUAACAAAAAGAACUGUAAAGAAACAACGGACGUGUUUGAUUCGUUUGGCGUAUGAAAAUCGACAAGCUCAGUAAAUAUUACUCAAUACAUACGUCCUGUACAUAUUGCAGUGUUCGGACAGUUAAUGUAAAUACGCGAACAGGUUACGCCGAGUGCCGCUAUUAAUGUAAUAACCCUUUAAAUAUAACUUCCGAGCAAAAUUAUCUUCAAUUUAAGCAAAGAAGUAAAGUUUAUGCUGCUUCAAUAGAUAAAUUAAGUUCAUUAAAAAGCGGUGCUAUCCCAGGUUUGUAUUGACUUACAGUCAGCCAUCUCGAAGGCGUCAUUAGAUUCGACACCUUUCUACUACGUAAGCCAUAUUCAAUGAUUCGUUAUAUUGAGGCAAUAUAUAAUCUCAGUAAAAGACUGUUUGUUUAUUAUAAGUGUUAUUUAUGUUACGAAUUAUAAUUUAAAUCAACAGUGCGUUAUUAUGUAUCGCACGUAAUGUACAUGUAACGCAGGGGCUUAUAGAAUAAAAACGGUCUCGUAUGACGUAAAGUUACACUGGAUUGCUGAACUAUCGACAGUUGACCUCGAAAACUAUUCAGGAUAUCGAUAGUAUCGUUUUGACCAAUACUAUCGACACUAUCGAUGGCUUUCCGUGAGCAAUACUAUUGAUAACGGUGAUACUAUCGAUAUAUAUACGAUAUAGAAUAACUUAUCUUGAGAAAGUAAUACUAUCGAAAAAUAACUGUCUAUCGAUAGUAUCGAUAGUUUAGGUUAAAACUAAUAGUUUUUGCAAUACUAUCGAUAGUAUCAAUAGUAUUGGUCAUGGGGAGCUAUCGAUACUAUCGAUAGUAUCGC